AUGGAAAGAGAAGCGCAGGGUGAGAACAGCUUACACACUAUAGCCAUCAUUCUGCUGUGCUGUGGGGCCGUCAAAAUGCUGCACCUACUGGGAGUCAUCACUGUGGAGGACAAAGCAGACGAUGAUUUGGAGAUGACCAUGGUCUGCCAUCGACCGGAGGGCCUCGACCAGCUAGAAGCUCAAACCAACUUCAGUAAACGAGAGCUUCAAGUGCUCUAUAGGGGCUUCAAGAAUGAGUGUCCAAGUGGCAUUGUAAACGAGGAAACCUUCAAGCAAAUAUACUCCCAGUUCUUCCCACAUGGAGACGCCAGCACCUACGCGCACUACCUGUUCAAUGCAUUUGACGCAGGACACACAGGAUCCAUAAAGUUUGAGGACUUUGUAACAGCUCUGUCCAUCCUGCUGAGAGGCUCCGUCACCGAGAAGCUCCAGUGGACCUUCAACCUCUACGAUAUCAACAGAGACGGCUACAUCAACAAAGAGGAGAUGACGGACAUCGUCAGAGCAAUAUAUGACAUGAUGGGGAAGUACACUUACCCUGUGUUGAAAACUGAUGCACCCAAACAGCAUGUGGAUGCCUUUUUUCAGAAAAUGGACAAAAACAGAGACGGUGUGGUCACUCUUGAUGAAUUCAUCCUUUCUUGUCAAGAGGACGAAAACAUCAUGAGGUCUCUACAGCUCUUUGAAAAUGUCAUCUAG